UUUUGAAUGACACACUUUGGGCACGCCCUCUUGCGUCUGACGUCACCGACGUCAAACGGGACUGUUUGUUCUGGAUUUGGGGCGAGGAAGGUCUGCGAGCGCUGACAACCGACUGAAGAAGGCGAGACCCUUAGCCUCCUACCUGGGUAUUGUGGUUUCCUCCCUCGGCGUGUCACUGACAGACCUCCGGUGUUAACCUCAGGAUAUCGCUGCCUCACCAACAGAGAUAUGAUCACCCAAUAGGAUUAGACCACAGCUGCACAGCAACAAACAUAGAGUCGAGUAAGGAGUGUAAUGGCCUGAGGGGGGUCCCCCCGGUCCCACCUGCCCCUGACAGGUCCAAUCUGCCUAAACAUUUGGCUCAGCCACUGCAACCCACCUCUGCCAUGGGAGACGGACUGGAGGCAGGCAGCAGCCAGAACCCUCCCUCUCCCCAACCCCCCUUACCCUUCAACCCCCCACCUCCUGAAACAUGGAACCCCUCUAGACCCAAACGACAGACCAACCAGUUACAGUUCCUGCUCAAAGAAGUGUUGAAGACUUUAUGGAAACACAACUUUGCAUGGCCCUUCCAGACUCCUGUAGACGCCGUGAAACUCAAUUUGCCUGACUACUACAAGAUCAUCAAGACCCCAAUGGACAUGGGCACAAUAAAAAAACGACUAGAAAACAACUACUACUGGAACGCCCAGGAGUGCAUCCAAGACUUCAACACAAUGUUCACAAACUGCUACAUCUACAACAAGCCAGGGGAUGACAUCGUUCUGAUGGCCAAAACCUUGGAGAAAGUCUUCCUCCAUAAGAUCACAGAGAUGCCACAGGAGGAGAAGGAGAUCGCCGUGGUCAGCAAGGGACGCCGAGGGGGCCGACGGGAGGCGGCUCUGAUAUCCAAGUCUGAUUCAGGACAAGAUUCAUCUUCACCUUCCACCACCCCCCACACGCGAGGCUUCUCGUCCCCUGCAACAACCCCACAGAGCCGCACUGUACCUGCUGCUCCAGGCCCUCCUGCCCUGACCCAGCCCCUGGCCCAGCCCAUGACCCAGCCCAUGACCCAGCCCAUGACCCAGCCCAUGACCCAGCCCAUGACCCAGCCCAUGACCCAGCCCAUGACCCAGCCCAUGACCCAGCCCAUGACACAACCCAUGACACAACCCAUGACCCAGUCCAUGACACAGCCCCUGGCCCAAGUUCAGCCCCCACGCGUGCCUCCUACACCUGCCUCCCAUGCACCCCAUCUAGGACCCUCUUUUCCCCUCUCCACCCCUGACGUCCUGGCACAAGGAAUGACGUCUGUUAUCCCUCCGGCCUCACACCCAGGCCUCCAUCAGGCCCCGAUGCUGCAGAGCUCCCCUGCACUCGUUAAGCAAAGGAAGAGCCAGAAGAGGAAAGCUGACACCACCACACCCACGGCAAACGACCAACUUAGCGAAUCAUCUCCUGUCUCAGCUGAGAUGCGGCCACGCAGAGAGAGCAGUCGCCCAUCCAAACAACCCAAAAAAGAAGCAUCACAGCCAGACUCACAGCACCAUUUAGGUGGCACCUUGGAGACUGCAGGGACAGUGAUGCAGAAACGUCAGGAUCAGCUGCGUUUCUGCGCACGCCUGGUCAAAGAGAUGCUUUCCAAGAAGCACGUAGCAUACGCCUGGCCUUUCUAUAAGCCCGUGGAUGCUAAAGCUCUGGGUCUCCACGACUACCAUGACAUCAUCAAACACCCAAUGGACCUUAGCACUAUCAAGAAAAAGUUGGACAGCAGACAGUACAGAGAUGCUCAAGAAUUUGCAGCAGACGUCCGGUUGAUGUUCUCCAACUGUUACAAGUACAAUCCUCCUGACCAUGACGUGGUCAACAUGGCACGCAAACUACAGGAUGUGUUUGAGAUGCGUUUUGCCAAAAUGCCUGAUGAACCAGAGGAGCCCGUCCCUGUUCCCACCCCAUCAACGGCCCUCCACCCUGCCCCCUCCACUCGACAAGCCCCGCCUCCUUCUGCUGCUUCUGAGGACGACAGCUCCAGUUCCUCUGAAUCGGAGUCCUCGGCAGGAGACUCAGAGCACGAAAGACAGCAGCGAUUGGCUGAGUUACAGGAACAGCUUAAAGCUGUACACGAGCAGCUGGCAGCACUUUCCCAACCCCAAGCCAGUAAACCCAAAAAGAAAGAGAAGAAGAAAGAAAAGCACAAGAAGAAGAUGACAGCAGAUGAGCCUUUGGAAAGCUCUCCUCUUCAGACUUCUAAGAAAAACAAAAGUAGCAAAGAGCCAUUAGUUGCAAAGAAGGAACGGAAAAAAGCUGGGAAGAAAGAAGGAGUCAAAAAUAGCCGCCCAGCUGUGCCUGCUCCGCCUGGACCGACCCCUCUCGUGCCCUCAGCUGCUCUGGAGGCAGAGGAUGACGUAGAUGUUUUCGGGGCAGGGUCUACAGACAGGAGCAAGCCGAUGUCGUACGAGGAAAAACGCCAACUGAGCCUGGACAUCAACAAGCUGCCCGGUGACAAACUGGGCCGCGUCGUGCACAUAAUCCAGACACGUGAGCCAUCACUGAAGAACUCCAACCCCGACGAAAUAGAGAUAGACUUUGAGACGCUGAAGCCUUCUACGCUGAGAGAGCUGGAGAAAUAUGUCUCCAGCUGUCUGAAGAAGAAGAAGAAACCGUCAGCAGAGAAGCCUUCAGAAAUGACAAACAUGACGAAAUUAAAGACAGAAUCCUCAUCUUCUGGCAGCAGCGACUCCUCUGAUAGUGAAGACUCUGAGAAUGCAGGGCUGGUUCCCAAGCAGCAGAAGAAGAACUCGACUAACAAAGACACCAAAAGACCGCCCCACCAGGCACUCAAUAGCGGAGCAGGCCCGGUCGCUCCUCAACCUCAGAUUCAGCCUCAGGCGGCCCAGGCCAAACCACCAUUUGUCCCGCCUCCCCCGGUCUCUGUCCCUGUCCCGUCACUGGACUCCCAGCUGCUGAGUCCUGGAUUUGACCCUCUGGCUCACUUCAUGAACCCUCACAUGACGCAGUCGAACGCAGAGCCAAACACAAACAUUACCCCUGCUGGUGCCCCUGUCAUGACCGGCCCCCUCAACACAAACGCGCCAACAAACCAGACGCCCGCUGAGACGCACCCUUUCCUCAACCAGCAUCCCAUCAUACCUUCCCCAGGUGUGUACGCUGCAAAAACAACGAUCCACAACGCUCUGCCCCAACAACCGUCAAGACCCAGCAACCGAGCAGCGCCACUUCCUCCUAAAAUCUCCCAGCCUCCCCCAUCCACACUCCCCUCUCUGCCUCCCUCAUCCUCACCCCACCUUCAGCCCUCGCUUCCACUUUCACUGCCCCAGCCUGUCCCCCGCCCCCGCGUCCCGUCACCCCCUUCGCACGGCAUCUUGGGUACCCUUUCCGCACAACCGCCCCAAGCUCUGCUGGAGGACGAUGAGGAACCAACGCCCCCUAGUUCUGAAAUCCCGCCCCUCAGUCAGGUUCACACCUUCCUGCAGUCGCUCCAGUCUCGACCCUCGGCACAGACGUCACACACGCUCACACAUUCGCCCGUUCAGAGCGCCUCUCAGCUCAUGCAGUCGAUGAACUCACAGGCUGUGCCCACUUCAAGCCCCGCCCUGACACAGAGACACGGCUCGGGCCACUCUCACAUGAGACAGCCGUUCCCACAUACGAACACUUCAACGCAGCAGCAGAAGGGGGUCGCCCUGCAGCAGAAGGUGCAUCAGAUGCAGCAACACCAACAGCAGCUGUCACCACGCAGCAAAGCUGAGCCUUUUGUAGCCGGUCUGCGUGAGAGCCCGUCUCCCCUCAUGAUGCACUCUCCUCAGAUGCCUCAGUUCCACACAAUGGGACAGCAGUCGCCCUUGCAGACCAAGAAACAUGAGCAAAGGUCCAACCUGGUGGGGGUCAAAGAUGAGAAACCUUCCCAGUCGCCUGUCCUGCCCCCAUCGCCCUUCAGUCCUGUAAUGCGUCAGGAUGCACACAAAACUGACAUCAAACACAGAUUAGACUCAAAGUCGCUGGAUAAUUCUCGAGCUAGUUCCCGCCUCACAGACUCCCCAUUGCCCCCCCACUCCCAGCAAGAGAUGAAAAUCAAACAAGAGCCCAAAACUCCCAUUGCUGCCAAGAAGACACAGGACGUGAAGUUAAAGAACAUGGGUUCCUGGGCGAGUCUGGCUCAGCGGUCCCAGUCCACGCCGGCCUCCUCUGUGCGCUCCUCCAGUGACAGCUUCGAACAGUUCAAACGAGCCGCCAAGGAGAAGGAGGAGAGAGAGAGACUGCUGAAAGCACAAGCUGAGCAGGCCAGGAGAGAGCAGGAGAAACUACGCCGCGACGACGAUGACACCAUGGAGCAUGCCCGUCGAGCUCAUGAAGACACCCGCCGUCGCCAGGAGCAACAGUCGCCACUUGCUCCCACGCCUCCUGCUUCUACCCCACCCACUCACUCUCCACAGGCUCUGCCCCCUCCACAACAAGCUCCAACUCCGCCCUCCUCUGCUUCACAGAACGCCCUCGACCAGAGGGAGCUGGCACGCCGCCGUGAGCAGGAGAGGCGUCGGAGAGAGGCGGUUGACACCAUUGAUAUAAACUUCCAGAGUGACCUGAUGGCCAUUUUUGAGGAAAACCUCUUCUGAUUGGAGGAGAGCAGACGGUGUGAGCGAGGGAAGGACCUGUAGACACACAUAAGCAAAUUUACAAACAUGCAUAUAAACCACGAAGCUCUGAAACACGGUCGCUGCUCUCACAGAUACACACGUACACACAGACUUGAUAGUAACUGUCCCUUUCUCUCAGUAGUUGAAACAGCUGGCUUGUGUCAUGUGAAUGAGAGGGGGCAAGUGAAAUAAGCAAACCCUCUUUCCCUCCAACCUCAGAUACGUUUUGGUGUCUGGCUUGGUGUUCAUGGUCGGACAGUGAAUUAAUCCGAUAGUGGGCUCCGUCGAGGAGAAACACAAGAACAGAAAGAAACUGAGGGGACAGAACUUUGACAUGAAAAUAAUGGUUUAAUUUAAGAAAACAAUGAAAACCUUGUUCUCUAAUGUGAGAAGUUUAGAAGGAUCAGGUGAACAAAUUUACAAACAGACAGAUCGUUUUCUCUUUUCUUCUCUUCUAAUCUCCUUUGUUUUUAUUUUACGUUGGAUUUUAACCAAAGCUGGUGUGGUCUAGUUUGUCGGGCACCUGAGAGUGGGUUGUUUCCUCAGGACACAGUGGGAACGCAACACAUUCACACACUUUUCAAUAUAUCCUUCCUCCCUUCACUUCCUUCUUACCCUCUCUCUUCAAGAGAAGGAGGCGUCAGUGAGGCUCAACUAUCUGAUGGUGAUGGGGAAGGAAUGGCCGUUUUGAACGCCUCAGAGUGUGAUCUUUGCCUUAGCGCUCUGGCCUGUAAACUAACAAUCAUACCCAACAAAUUAUACAUAUUAUAUAUAUCAAUAGAUACAUGAAUAUAUAUUAUAUACGACGCAAUGUCAACGCAAAAGAACAUGAGAGGAAUUAGGAUUUCGGGGGAGCAAAGCUCGUCUCUGUGUUCAUCUCUGAGCUCUGGUUUUGAUUUUGUAGAAUUUACUGUAAAGAAAAAAAACUUUUUUAUGAUUCUAUCGAGAGGAUUGUUUUGUCUGUCUUAUCUCUCUCAUACCUUUUUUUUCUGUUUAUUUUUUUCUCGACUCUAUGCCAAAACCAAUCUAUUGAGUGCUGAAAGUUCAUUCACAUUUUUUACGUGCAAGAUGCAUCUUCUUUUCACUUUAUAUUAAAGGCUAUGUUUUUAUUGCUAUUUAAUUUUUCCAUUAUCCCCUUUUAAAUCUGAAGUUCUGCAGCAGUUUGCUCUGUGAUAGUUUAAAGAAGCGGUUCAACAUCACUGUAUGUCACUACUUUACUAAAACCCAUCAAUAUCUGCACUCAGCUCAUCAGUACUUACAUCUUAAGUUUCCUUCAUCUUGUACAUGUUUUUAGUCGUUCUGUCCUUACAGCUUCUGUCUGUAUCAUAGCUCCUUUGUUUGUCUUCCUGUCUUAUUUUAAAAACCUUUCAUCGUCCAUGCUAACUGAUUUGGGAUGUCGUGUGCCAUUGUGUUUUUCUGGAAGCAGGACGUUCUCCUGAUCUUCUUAGGUUGGCCCAGAGAUCUGUGAGUGUUCAAGAUUCUUAAUCGCUUUUUUAAUGUUUCAUUCAUUUCUUUUUUUCCCUUUUCAUAUUUGAUUGUUUUGAGCUUAUUUUCUUUUUUUCUCCUUUGCUCUGAUUUUAUUUUACCCAGAACAACCUGUUGGUAUGUUGGUGAGUGAGGCAUUGAGGUCAAUAGAUUCAUCUUGUUCAGAUUAUGGAGUACAGCAUCUUUUUUAAGAAAAGUAUUAAAAAUAAUAUU